AUGAAGCUUUCAAUAUUUUUGCUUUUUUGCUUAUUUUUUAAACUUGAUCUUGUUAAUUUAACUGAAAGAGGUGAUGGAAAGGAUGGACAACAUAAUUUCAAUCCUUCACGAUACCGUGAUGGCGAAACAAGCGAAACAGAAACUAGUCAACAAAUGAAUGUAGGAGAAGUGUUGAUGGAAAACCUGGGGUUAAUAGAAAUAAUUUAUUUUAAUUAA